AUGAGCAAGGAAGUGACACUUCCACAAUCCAUUGGGCUUGUUGAUUGCAAUUUCGAUACUAUUGCACAGAUUUUGUCCUUCUGCGAUAUUCUCGAUGUCUAUCAUCUUCUUUCAUCGUCCAAACGAGACUGGGAGCAACCAAUCUCUACCUUUUUUUCUGCACAAAAGGCCGUCUCGUUCAGUUGCCUGCUGAAAAUUUUUAGAAACAAGAUUGGAAACGGUGAUGACGAGCAACAUAAUGCAGUGAUUCGUUUGGUUACGUUACUACAGGAGAAGAACCUUUUGAAACACGUUGAAUUUUCAGGAAUGCGACAGUUGUCAGGAUCCACCUGGUUGCCGCAACUACAGAACCGCUGCAAACUGCAGACAUUGGAUUUGAGUGGUUGUGCUUCCCUAGAUCCCGAUACUCUUGAGACUUUUCUGAAUGGUUGUCCGACUUCUCUACGGGGACUCAGCUUGAAGGGCUGUAUUCGAGUUGGGGCCAGUGUUGUCGGUGUCAUACGUGAUUGCCAUCAGGAACUGGAAUCACUCUCGCUGGGAGGAUGCUCGAUAAGUAUCGAUAAUUCAGCCAUUUACAGGAUGUUUUUCAAACUAAGCAAGCUAAAAGAUUUGGACUUGCAAGCACUCAAAAGACUCAAGGAUCCGAUUCUAUUUCAGUUGCCAGCCUCAAUCCAAUCCAUUAAUCUGAGUUCGUGCGAGGGGCUCCGGCUGAGAGGAACAUCCACUGAUCGCAUGAUGUUGCUACAUUUGCAAGAUCCACCGAUAUCUUGGGAAAAUGCACCCAUAUCUCGUCACAAGGUACGGCACCUAGUGUUGGACGCUAUCGGAACACCGCGAAGAGGCCUCCUUCCAGGAGCUCUGACUUAUUUUGCUUUAGGAAGACAACUCCGAGAGGUUCACUUGUCUGGAUGUGAGCAUAUUCGAGACUUGGAAAUUCAAGUUCUAGCAGAAGUCUGUCGUGGCACAUUGACAGUCGUUCAGAUGCGCGCAUGUCGCAUUGGGAAUGCAGCCCUUGUGGCGUUGGGUACCCAUUGCACUUGCCUAACAGAAUGCGAUUUCUCUGCUUGCUUCCAAGUCUCAGAUGAAGGUGUCAUCGCAUUAUGCCGAAAUAAAAGACUUGUUCAUGACAGGUCCAAUCCAAAGAGACUUUGCCAUCGAUCAACAUUGAAGUCGCUCAAGAUUGCUAGUCUCCCAUUGCUUUCUGGUACGGCAGUGAGUGAGAUUGCUUCUUUGGAUUCUUUGCUAGUGCUGGACAUACGCGACUGCCCAAAGGUUGAUGCGAGUGCGCUGUUUGGUACCGUUUUGCAACUCCGACAAUUGAUUGAUCUCAAUGCCAGGGGGAUCAACAACAGCCCCCAUUCUAUUGGUCAAAUGAUCCGACAAAAGUCGGCGAACAUUCCACCAUCACUCCGUUUCGUCGAUCAACGCGUACUAUCCUUCGAUCCUCCUCGAAGUGGACGAGCAAUCUCAUCAUUUUGCUGCACGGUUCGGACACACUCCCAACGUUUGAAUUCAACUGUACCGAUGCAAUAUAUGUAUCAUUGCGUCGACUGUGGAUUAUCUCAGUCAGUGAACCGGGGUAUCUGUUCCAAUUGCGUAACAACUUGCCACAAAAAUCACCGUACCUAUCUUGGUUCCUUCACUCGCUUUUAUUGCGAUUGUCCAUUUUCGAUAGAAGAUGAUGGUACAGCCAAUAGUGGGAGUGUGAUGCAAACUUGUCGAGCAAUCUUUCCAACAUAA